UUCUCUGACAGCCGGAAGAAGGUUUGUGACUGGCAGCAGGAGCCAGCUUCAAAAGCCGGUGGAUCUCCUUCGGCCUUUUCGUUAAAUUGUGUUGGAUUUUGAGGAUCUAUGGCUGCUAAGGGGACCAGUUUGUGCUCGGUUUGCUGUUUGCUGCUCUACGCGGUCACGGUGGUGCUGGCAGGGCGAGACUUUUACAAGAUUUUGGGAGUGAGCAAGACUGCUUCUAUCAGGGACAUCAAGAAGGCUUACAGAAAACUGGCUCUUCAGUUACACCCCGACAGAAACCAGGACGACCCCAAAGCUCAGGAUAAAUUUGCAGAUUUGGGGGCUGCAUAUGAGGUGCUCUCAGAUGAGGAGAAAAGAAAACAGUAUGAUGCUUAUGGGGAAGAUGGACUUAAAGAAGGCCACCACGGCUCGCAUAAUGACAUCUUCUCAAGCUUCUUUGGCGAUUUUGGGUUCAUGUUUGGUGGAAACCGGCAGCAACAGGACAGGAAUAUCCCACGAGGGAAUGACAUUAUUCUGGAUUUGGAGGUCACACUUGAAGAGGUCUACUCCGGAAACUUUGUUGAGGUUGUACGCAACAAACCAGUAGCCAAAGAAGCCCCUGGCAAAAGAAAGUGUAACUGUAGACAGGAGAUGAGGACCACACAGCUUGGACCAGGACGUUUCCAAAUGACACAAGAGAUGGUCUGUGAUGAGUGUCCCAAUGUCAAAUUGGUGAAUGAGGAACGCACCUUAGAGGUUGAGAUUGAACAAGGAGUACGAGAUGAGAUGGAGUACCCAUUUAUUGGAGAAGGUGAACCUCACAUUGAUGGAGAACCUGGUGAUCUGCGUUUCCGCAUUAAAGUUCUGAAACAUCCAGUGUUUGAGCGAAGAGGUGAUGACCUGUACACAAAUGUCACAAUUUCACUGGUGGAGGCACUGGUGGGCUUUGAGAUGGACAUAGUUCAUUUAGAUGGACACAAGGUACAUAUCGUGAGAGACAAAAUCACUAAGCCCGGGGCUCGGAUGUGGAAGAAAGGAGAGGGUCUACCAAACUUUGACAAUAUCAACAUUCGUGGCUCACUAAUUAUUACAUUUGAUGUUGAGUUUCCUCAAACACAACUAGAUGACAAGCAAAAAGAAGGAAUUCGGAACAUCCUGAAACAAGGUUCAGUACAAAAAGUUUACAAUGGACUACAGGGAUAUUAACUACACACAUAGACUGGACUCAGUACCUGCCACUCCCACCCACAGACCUGCAAUAACUGGAGCGAGUCUGGGAUUCUGGCUGAGGUCUAUUUAUUAUUUUCAUAUGGUUCUCAGGAUGACGUCAAUCCUAUUUUGUUUUUAUUUUUUGUGUGUUUUGCCUGAAGUAGCGCAUAGUUUUGUUUAUAAUUGAUUGGCUACAAUUGAAAUACAUAAUGUUGUGCCAUCAGGACAUCUCGUUAGACCACAAAUUGACAACCAUUUAAUAAUUAACUCACAGCAGAUUCUGCACACAAGCAUCUGACAGUUCCAAAUUAUUUUUUUUACUUGCGGUAUCAAAAGAUGGACUCCUUUAUGUUUCAAUCAACUGUCCCUAGACAAGACAUUUGGUUCAUUUAAAAAAUAAUUUUAUGAAUGUAAAACAGAGAACCUCACCUCUUGUGUGGUACAUUUUUCCUCUGGUUAUAUUCCUUUUUAAUGGAAUUUUGUAAAUGGGAAACAGAAGAUUUUGUGUCUUUGGUAAAACACUGUCAUAAGAGUUGAGCUCUGUGAACAGUGGGGUUUUAUUUUGAUGUGGGCCAUUCUCCUGUGGCAAUGUAAUAGAUUUGGGUUAACUAUCUGACACUGCUGCCCAUUCUUUCUUGAAGACAUCUGAACAAAUUAUUGAUUCAUAAGUUUGUUUAUGUUAAAACUUUGGACCUCUUUUGUAAACUGCAAAAUUCUACCUUCAUGUUUUCAGACUCCUUAAUGUGAAUUAUCUGGCCCUUUCUACGGAGUGUACUUGGGGGGUAUUUGACUGAUAAAUAAAAAUUUGUACAAAUUC